CUUUUGACGCCCUCCGAUGUCUGUGUUAUGAGACGCAUUUUGUAAGGGUGUCUCAUUAUUUGUUUGCCAAGCGAGAGGGUUGCACAAGCUGUGAACUGGCAACCCAGAGAGGACACCUCGACUUCAACCCCGCUGAUUAAGAAAAAAGAGAAGCCGCUGGUCAGUGAACGCAUCCCAGCUGACACAUAAUGUUUCCAGCCACCAGAUAUACAAGUAAAGCCCACAGGUGCAUCAGGGCUUUGAAGACAGUACAGACAGAGCAUGCUGCCCCUCAGAUCUGCUGGACACUAAACAGGCGGACGUGCUCUUCAGUGUCGACACCACGCAUCACAACACACUACACUAUCCAUCCUAGAGAGAAGGACUCAAGAUGGGAAGGCGUCGAAAUGGAGAGGUUUGCCGACGAGGCAGAUGUGGUGAUAGUAGGCGGGGGCCCUGCUGGUCUCUCAGCAGCCAUUCGUCUGAAGCAGCUGGCCAACGAACAUGGGAAGGAGCUGCGAGUGUGUCUUGUGGAGAAGGCCUCUCAAAUUGGAGCACACACCCUGUCAGGUGCCUGUCUGGAGCCCACUGCCCUCAACGAGCUAUUUCCUGAUUGGAAAGAACGAGGGGCACCCCUGAAUACUCCCGUGACUGAAGAUGUGUUCAGCAUUUUAACAAAGAAACACAGAAUCCCUGUCCCCAUUUUGCCAGGUCUGCCCAUGGCGAACCAUGGUAACUACAUCGUGAGGCUGGGGAACUUUGUGCGCUGGCUGGGGGAGCAGGCCGAGGAGCUCGGAGUGGAGCUGUAUCCUGGUUACGCUGCAGCUGAGGUUUUGUUUCAUGAAGAUGGAAGUGUGAAAGGAAUUGCCACCAAUGACGUAGGCAUCGCCAAAGAUGGCUCCCCAAAGGAUGUGUUUGAGAGAGGAAUGGAGCUCCAUGCUAAAGUCACGUUGUUUGGAGAGGGCUGUCACGGCCACUUGGCCAAGCAGCUUUACAAGCAGUUCAACCUGCGUGAGAACUGUGAACCCCAGACCUACGCAAUCGGCCUGAAGGAGUUGUGGACGAUUGAUGAGAAGAAAUGGAGGCCGGGCAGAGUGGAGCAUUCUGUGGGCUGGCCCCUAAACAGAAACACAUAUGGAGGAUCCUUCCUGUACCACCUGAACGAAGGAGAGCCGCUGGUGGCGCUGGGCUUUGUGAUUGGUCUGGACUACACCAACCCUUACUUGAGCCCGUUCAGGGAGUUCCAGCGCUGGAAGCAUCACCCCUUCAUAGCUCCCACACUGGAGGGAGGCAACAGGAUUGCAUAUGGAGCCAGAGCACUGAACGAGGGAGGAUUACAGUCUAUCCCAAAGCUGACUUUCCCCGGAGGGCUGUUGAUAGGCUGCAGCCCCGGCUUCAUGAACGUCCCAAAGAUCAAAGGCACCCACACAGCGAUGAAGAGCGGCAUGCUGGCUGCCGAGGCCAUUUUCCCCAAAGUCACAGCAGAGGAGCCGGAGUCUGAGACGGCAGGACUCCAUGUACCUGAGUACACUGAAAACUUGAAGAGCUCGUGGGUGUGGAAAGAGCUGCAUUCAGUAAGAAACAUCAGACCGUCCUUCCACAAUUACUUUGGCCUGUACGGUGGCAUGGUCUACACGGGAAUCUUCUACUGGAUCUUUAGAGGAAAAGAGCCGUGGACGCUCAAACACUGUGGCCUCGAUGCACACCAGCUGAAACCGGCCAAAGACUGUACUCCCAUUGAAUAUCCCAAGCCCGACGGCAAGAUAAGCUUCGACCUGCUCUCCUCCGUGGCUCUGAGUGGCACCAACCACGAGGGGGACCAGCCCCCCCACCUGACCCUGAAGAAUGACAGCAUCCCGGUAGAAAGGAACCUGGCCGUAUUCGACGGGCCUGAGCAGCGUUUCUGCCCUGCAGGUGUGUACGAGUACGUUCCCCUGGAGACAGGAGAGGGGAUGCGAUUGCAGAUCAAUGCUCAGAACUGUGUCCACUGUAAGACCUGUGAUAUCAAGGACCCGAGCCAAAACAUCAACUGGGUGGUGCCUGAGGGCGGCGGCGGACCAGCCUACAACGGAAUGUGAACAUCCAGUUUCAUUUUUUAAACUUUUUAUGUCUAGAAACAUAACUGUAAAGUAUCACGCAUUUUUGCAGUACAUGCCAGCGAUGGCAAACGUGCCUAAGUAUGGGACAGAUAAUAACUAUAGAGCUGUUUUUGAGGGUAUAAAUAAUAAAAUCUGCUAAAAGGAUGUUAGACAUUAAAGUGAAUUCUUAAUUUAUACAGUGAGACAGUUUAUGUGGUACAGGCUUUAUAAAACAAUGCAAAACACAGGACCAUAUGUAACAAGUUUUAUCUAUAAAAUCCACAAUAUGGGCAUUUGAAAUAGUUGAAAAGUAAACUGUUUUGUGUCUGA